AUGCGAGUUGAGGCGCAGGUGGCUGCGCUCGCCUCCGCGUUCCAGGGGCUUACCUCCCACGUCGCCACUCUAAGCGAGCAACUGGUCCGCCUGCAAUCGCAGGUCCUCGAUCUGCAGCACCGCCAACGUCCGCUGGACCAGUCGCCGUCGGAGGAGCACCCGACAAGGCGCAAGAGUCGUGCUCCUGCCCCGCGUGGCCGCAAGCUUCGUCCACAGCGCAGAUCGCAGAGUCCGGAGCGCUCAGCAUCGCUCGAGUCAAAGAUCAGCGUCUUGAUGGAUGAUGUCCGACGCGUCCUCGACUCGGCCCAGGCUGACGCUCGCGCGGUUGCUGCCGCCCAGGAGGCCAAAAUGGAUGCCAUGGAAACGCGACUGGCUGCGCUCCUGGAGUCCAAGGCCGGGGCCGCUGCCCGUGCCGCACUCCGCGCCCCACCGUCACCGCCUCGGGCCGGCGCACUCGCGCCCGACGCCGCCGCUCGCGCCUCGCUUCGACAUGACAUCCUUCUCGAGGUCAAGGGCCUGCUUGCCGACACCGUGCCUGUCGCCGUCCAUGACGCGCUCGCUCGCCACGUGCCGGCCCACCGUGCGAGAACCAAGGCGAAGAAGCGCUCGCGUGCUGCUGUUGGCGCCGCACUGGCCCGUCGUGCCGUCGAGCCGCGGCGGGAUCGCCCGCGACUCCACUCGCCGCCGCCAACCACGCCGCCGCGGCGCGCACAAGCCCGGACCCGAGCUGCACCAAGCUCGCCGCCGGCCUCGCCUCUUCCUUCCUUUACUUCGUUUGCAACUUGGAAAGUCGGCCAGCGCAAGCCCGACUGGUCGCCGUCGCCGGUCAAGAGCCCGCCGCGGUCGUCGCGCCGUCGCUCGGCGGCGCGGCGGCUCUCCGACUCGGACUCGCUGCCAUCCGCGAGUUGA